AGAAUGGUAACGCCGACUCUGUGAAGCAUUUUUCAUCAGACCUAAAAAAAAAACAAAUAUCUAAGCAAAAAAAAAAGAAAAAGAAAGGGAAUAAUCUUUGAUAUGAGCUUCUCUUACAAUCCUAUAAACUAGCAAAUCCUCUUGUGUUAGAUUUUCAACCACGGAGAAGGUUCUUGUAAUGGAGAGUACAGAUUCUUCCGGUGGUCCUCCGCCGCCGCAGCCUAACCUUCCUCCAGGAUUCCGUUUUCAUCCAACCGAUGAAGAGCUCGUCGUUCACUACCUUAAACGCAAAGCCGCCUCCGCUCCUUUACCUGUCUCCAUCAUCGCUGACGUCGAUCUCUACAAGUUCGAUCCAUGGGAACUUCCUGCUAAGGCAUCGUUUGGAGAACAGGAAUGGUACUUCUUCAGUCCUAGGGAUCGGAAGUAUCCGAACGGAGCGAGGCCAAACAGAGCAGCAACGUCUGGUUACUGGAAAGCUACGGGUACUGAUAAACCGGUGCUUGCCUCAGACGGGAACCAAAAGGUCGGCGUGAAGAAGGCACUCGUCUUCUACAGUGGCAAACCUCCAAAAGGCGUUAAAAGCGACUGGAUCAUGCAUGAGUACCGUCUCAUCGACAACAAACCAAACAAUAGACCACCAGGAUGUGAUUACGGCAACAAGAAAAACUCCCUAAGGCUUGAUGACUGGGUGCUAUGUCGAAUCUACAAGAAGAACAACGCGGGACGACACGUUGACAACGAUAAGGAUCAUGAUAUGAUCGACUACAUCUUCAGGAAAAUCCCUUCAGGACUCAACCACAAUGUCUCAAGAUCAAUGAACUUCUUUCCGGGAAGAUUCUCCAGUGGUUACGGGAUGUUCUCCGACAAUGAUCCCGGUUUGUACGACGGAAGCGGCAUGAUGUGCAGCAGCGGAACCGAUGCAGUCAAUCUCAAUGUCUGUAAUGGUAAUCCCAUUGCCGACGUUGUUGGUAACGGUUUGAACCCUGUAUCUUCCUCUGGACCGAUGAUGAUGAUGAUGGCGAAUCUGAAACGAGCUCUUCCGGUUCCGUAUUGGCCUGUAGGGGAGGAAGGGCAGGAAGUAUCUCCAAGCAAACGGUUUCACGGCGUAGGAGGAGGAGGAGACUGUACGAACAUGUCUUCAUCGAUGGUGGAGGAGCAAGGUGGUGUGUUGGGGGAUGGAUUAUUCAGAGCGACGUCGUACCAACUACCUGGUUUAAAUUGGUACUCUUCUUAAACCGGUCUGGGUUGUAAAAAGUUCUGGUGACAAGUGUCGGAAUUGCUGAGUACGAUUCUUUUCCGAUUGGUGGGGCCAUUUGCAUUAUAUAAUUUGAGAUUUGUGUAUAUGUUUUGGGUUAAUUAAUUGGGGCAUAGGGGUUAGAGGAAGAGAGUGGCAGAAGUGAGGCAAAAAUCAUAUAGAAACAAAAGAAUAUACAGUUUUCUUUAAUUUAAAUGUUGCAAUGUAAAGAUUACAUAUACCUAGAUGUUUAUAUAUUGAUUGUGUAGAUGCAUA